AUGGCAGAAGUAAAACCAAACACCGCCCACCUCGAACACACCACCACCACCUCCUCUUCUACCACCACCCCCGACCAUGGCGCCCUCCACGACAUCGACCAAACCGUCCCCUCCGCCGCCCUCCCCCCCGGCUACUGGCGCAGCCCCCGCUUCCUCGGCUCCAGCCUCGCCAUGGCCCUGUCCCUGCUCGCCACCGUCUCGGCCUUCGGCUACGCCGCGCCCAUCCUGGGCGUCAUCAACGCGGAUAUCGGACCGGACGACAACUACGUCUGGGUUUCGCUCGUGUACACCGUUUCCCUCUCGGUUUCGCUGGUGAUUGUGGGACGGGUGACGGAUAUUUUCGGGCGGAGGGAGUUUGUCAUUUCGUUUACUGCGUUGGGGGUCGUGGGGAGUAUUGUGUGUAUGACUGCACAAAACAUCCCGGUGCUGAUUGGGGGCAAUGUGUUGCUUGGCGUGUCGACGGCGGCGGGGAUGAGUUUCCCGUUUUUGAUGGGGGAGUUGGUGCCGAUUCGGUAUCGGUAUGCGGCGAGUGGGGCGUUGUAUGUGUUGUUGUAUCCGGGGAGUGGAUUCGGGCCGAUGGUCAGUCAGGCGAUGAUCAAGUACCAUCCCGAAGUAGGGUGGAGGGGGAUCUACUACAUCCUGCUCGGGUAUGAGAUACUUGCCUUGAUUCUCUGGGUUACUUGCUAUUUCCCGCCUACCUUUGAGCAGAAGCACGGGUCGGACAAGAAGUGGGAUUGGAUCAAAAACUUCGACUAUGUCGGCAUGUUCUUGUACAGCGCUGGCUUCGUUCUGUUCUUGUUCGGCCUCUCGGAGGGCGGAGCAGUCUACCCGUGGUCGUCACCAAAAGUCAUCUCCUUCAUCGUCGUUGGCUUCGCUGUCCUGGUGGCUUUCGUACUUUGGGAGUGCUACAUGCCGUUGAAAGAGCCGUUCGUGCCAAUGUCUCUGUUCCGUGACUUGCGCUGGACCGCCGCUUGUGUCCUCGUCGGCAUCGGCGCUGGAGUCUACUAUGCCUUCGCCAUAGUUUGGCCAACCCAAGUAGCGACCGUCUACGCCAGCGGCGAUCCUAUCAAGGACAGCGCGAUAUCUUCUAUCAUCGGUGCUGCAGUUGUCGCUGGACAGGUCGCGGGUGGCUUCUUGACCACCAAGAUCGGCCAUGUCAGGUAUCAACUGAUGUGUGCGUUUGGGCUCGCUGGUAUAUUGCUAGGAUGUGUUGCCGUUACAACUCCAUACAACAAAGCCACAACAUCGACGCUGGUCGCUCUUGGACUCUUCGCCACGGGGUGGAACGAGGUCCUUGCAAUCGCCACCAUCACAGUCGCACUCAAAGAUCAGAAGAACAUCGGGUCGGCCGGAGGUGUUGCAGGCGGAAUCCGAAUGGGCAUAUCAGCGAUCCUCAGCGCGGUGUAUACCGCCAUCUUGGGCUCUCGUCUCGCCCAAACAAUUCCAAAUCAGGUGCCAGCAGCGCUCGUCGAAGCCGGACUCCCAACAGGAAGCGUGGCCGACUGGAUCGCAGCCUACACUUCCGGAUCAAGCACGGCAUUGGGAGGAGUCCAAGGAGUCUCAGACGCCAUCAUCGCCGCUGGCACUGCCGCGUACAAGGAAGCCUCGUCUGAUGCUUAUCGGACGGUGUUCCUCAGUACCAUCGCCAUCAAUGGCAUUGGUGUUAUCUUGACAUUCUUCGUGCCGGAUCCAGAUCUCGACUCGCAGGAGAUGAGGGAUGUGUCGGCGCCGUUGCAUGGGAAGGGGAUGGAGGCGGCGCAGGAGAAGACGUUGAGUGAUGAUGAGAUGGCGUAG